CAUUGCAAUAUUUAAUAUAAGUAAUGUUUCAGUCUAAUACAAAAUUAAAAUCAAUAUUCAAAAUAAAAAAAAUUUCCAAAACUUGGUCCGAAACAAUUAAUAAAUGACAGAUUAAGACUACAUGGUACAAACAGGUUAAGAAAAAAUAAGGAAAACACAGAAAAUAACAAACAUUACAGUCAUUUUAUCAUAUAUGUUAUCAGGAGUCUCCCACUUUCUUUGCUGACAUUGUUAUCGUCAGCACUUUAUGGCCACGCCCCGCCGGCCAUAAAGAGAGAGUGACGGGCCACUCACACAUUCUUUCCCACUCGCUUGCCGUUAACCCUACAGGAACGUCAGAGACUCCUCCUGCCUGUCUCUUUUCCUCUCUGAGUUGAUUAUACAUUAUACUAUUUGUGCACAAGAUCACUAAUUAGGACGUGACAGUGAAUUGCGGACGCAGGACUAGGGCUGCAUUUUUCGCGCCAUGAUGGCCCUGCACGUCCUGGCGCUGCUGGUGGUGAUGGCCGCCUCACCCGUCGUCCCGCGCCUGGUUGAACUUUCCUACACCUACAACGUGGAUGCGCCCACUUCCCCCAAGCUGCGGCCAUUCAGCAUGACUGUCCUGAAGAAGGGCACGAAUGACCUUGGAAUAUGGGUGGAGCUCAACGAGUUCUGCACGUCGGAACACUCAGGUACCCACGUUGAUGCCCCCGUCCACUUCGCCCGCGACACCUGGCCCAUCAAUGAGAUCCCCCUGGAGCGGCUGUGGCGGGUGCCCGGAGUGGUGAUUGACGUGUCCCAGGCCAUUUCCGAGGCCAACGAGACGAACUUCGCCAUCCCCGUGUCGGAGCUGGAGGCGUGGGAGAGUCGCCAUGGAGUCAUUCCUGACGGGGCACUGGUCUUCAUUCGCACUGGCUGGGGCGCCAAGAGCCACGAUCUGGCUGAGUAUUCCGGAAUCGACAAUCAAAAAAGGAACAACUUCCCAGGCCUGAGCAAGGAGGCCGCCACUUGGUUGGCCACGCACGGCGCGCGCCACGGUCACCCCACAGGCGUGGUAGGAGUGGGAGUGGAUACCAUAUCUGUGGACGUGGGCAACUCCACCCACUACGAGGCGCACCAGGCCAUGUACUCCCGCAACGUGUACGGCAUGGAGAACCUGGCCAACCUGGACCAGCUGCCGACCACCAACUUCCUGGUGACCGUGAUGCCCAUGAGGAUCGGCGGAGGCAGCGGCGCCCCGGCACGCAUCAUCGCAGAGCUGCCGGAGAAGCACACCGGCGCGUCGCACCUCAUCCAGGCCUCGGAGGGCCGUGACAUGGGUAGUGGAGGACGCAGCCACCCUGAGGACAUAGAGUUGUAAGUCCUGCUCAUAAUACUAGAGCAGGAGAGUGACGCGAAUGCAGGCUAUAGGGAAUCUUGAGGAGGAUGUCAUUGCAAUCUAUUAUCUCCUUUCCUUUUUUUCCUUUCCUGUUUCCCCGAUGGUCAAGAUUCUUUUUCAUCACCAUCUUUAUUACAAGUUAUGAUCUGCGUAACACGGGAACAACUCUUAUAUUGUCUGCUAUUCAUGUAUCUAAUUUUAUAGCUGACUGAUCUGACAAGUUUACGUGUUUAAGUUUAGUUAACCCUUUGGCUACAAUUUGGUACAUCUUUCCUUCAUUACUAAUAACUCUGAGCAUCUUUACUUGUUCCACAGCCACCUCCAAUCAUGAAAAUUUUACAAAAUGUAUUUUUCUUUUUUCAUCCCCAUUUCUUUUAGAAGCUUAUAAAGAUUUCUUGUAUCACUUCUGGUGCUGUUAAUUGUUUCGAAUUGCAGUGAAGGGGUUAAUAUUUAACUGGAGAUAGGAAGAAUUGAAUAAAACAGAGUAGUACAUUUAUGGAUUAGACUCAGUAAUCAGGUAAAAAUGUUACAUACAGGGACUGCCACGUGUAGGCCUGACGGUUUGCUGCAGCUUCCCUUACUUUCUUAAGCUUUUAAGUUCUCGUGACUACUGAAAAAAUGACAUCACUAUGACGCAAUGAAACCUGAGCAAGAUAACAUUUUUACAGAAGUUUGUAACAGGUAGUCAUUAUCAUCAUCUUGUGUUGGUGCGUAACCUUGCAUGGUUUUCACCUGUGUUUUAUUAAUGAGUCUGCUAUUCUGUUCUUAAUCUAUAUAAAAGGUCGUUAUUCCCAGUUAGCUCUUUGCAAAUCUUCUCCACAUUCUUUUAUGAUGUUCUUAUUUUCAGUCCAAAGUAAUAUAACUUUAAAUACCAUAA